UGUGUUUCCGGCGUCGAUCACAUGAUGAUUUCAGCUUGAGGAGUUUUGUUGACUUUUCUGAAGAUCUCAGAGCUCAGAUAGAAUCUCCUCAUUCAUCUGCUGUACAAACCUUCAAAUCGUCUCUGAUAUGGAUGAAUCGCGAGUGUUUGCGUCGAUGUUGGGCUUUCUGCUGCUGUGUGUCGCGUUCAGUGUUUCUGAGGCGAAAACAUCUCCAAAAACAACAAUAAUAACAACUCUUCCACCUCUCCACAAACAAUGCAACACAAUGACUUCCUGUGAGACGUGCCUCGCCAAUGUCUCGUGCUUGUGGUGCCAGACGAACAGCAGCUGCUCAGAUUAUCCGGUCUCGUAUGUGCUUCCUCCGGCGUCGCUGUGUAAACUCUCUCAGGCUCGCUGGGGUGUUUGCUGGGUGAACUUCGAGGCUCUGAUCAUCGCGAUGGCUGUGGUGUGUGGGACUCUGCUGCUGGCCGUGUGCGUCUGCUGCUGCUGCUGCUGCUGCUGUAAACGCAGACGCUCGUCCAGUUUCGACCGUGAUGAUGAGCAGUUUGCGCGGAGAAGAGAGGAGAUCAGACAGCGAGCAGAUGAACGGAGGGCCGAGAGGACGGUGAAAAAUGAUGAAAUCCGCAAGAAGUACGGUCUCAUCCCAGACUCCGAUCAUCCGUACAGCAAGUUCGAGAACGAGUAAAAGCCACGGAUCGCAUCCCUUCACCACACGCCGGAUCACUUUAGGUUAGAUGGAUGCGUGUAGAAAUCUCUCUCGUCUGUAUUACAGCAGAACGCUGCUAAAGAAUCAUUUUCAUCCUCUGUAUUUCUGUCUUGAUUUCUGAUACAAAUAUCUAAAUAUUCAGACAAUCAAGAUAGUAGAAUAACAUAAUAUAUAAAGUUAAAAAAACAUCAACCUGAAGUGAUUUUAGGUUUGAAUGUGACUCUUUUAUUUCUUUGUGUUCUUAUAUAGAGUUUGAGAACUAGUUUAUGCAAAAAUGUCAAUUCUGUCUUGGUUUAUUCCCAAUUCUGUCGUUCUUUUCUGCUCAACAACAGUUAAUACUUCAUAUUUUACUUUAUAAAAUGCAUCAUAUUUACUGCUGUUAUGAUGCCUUGAUGGAUUCUUUCUUUGUCACUUUCUUUCUUCCUUUGCAUUCAAUGUUAAAAAAACAACAACUUUGGCAUGUGUAAUGACAUGAGGAUGUAUAAAUGACAACUAAGUUCAGUUUUUAAGUGAAUUGUUGCACUUUUUGAUUCAGUUGUAAUCGCAAACUUAUCUUUUUUAAUGGCUCUGGCUUCUGUGAAUGACUUGUAUUUAUACUGUGUUCUUAUUAAAACAUGUCCUAAUAAAACAAGCUUCCACUUUUAAAGAAA